AUGGAAGGCUGUUUCUUUCUAAAGAACGGCGCAUUCGCAACAGGCCUGCCCCAAGUGGUCCUAAACAUCCAUGUGGCUAUUAUUUCAGCCUCCUCACGCACAACAAUCAAUAAGACCUACAAGAACCCUUCCACAACAAAGGCUAUCCCAGAAGUGUUUUACACCUUUCCAGUCGACGAAGGCUCGACUAUCACAGGCUUCGUCUGCCAGGUUGAUACCAAAAGAGUGAGAGGCGUCGCCAUGCCACUCUCAAAGGCUUGCGAGCAGUACAAGAAAGCCAAAGCCACAGGGCAGAUAUCGAGCACAGUGUACCAGUUCCGCCGAACUGGUGAUAUCCUCCAGGUUCGUGUCGGAAACCUCCCCCCCUGGCUCCCCAUGGUCACUACGGGUCGUUAUGUCCCGGAACGGAGCUGUCACCCACACAGAGAAUCCAUGGGCAUCUUCGUGACCUCGAUCGUGGCGGACAUCAUUAUGGAGAACAGCUCAACUAUCACUUCGGUCCACUCACCCGGACACUCGAUUGAUGUACAGCUAGGAAGAACCUCUCUCAUGCCCAGGUCCACACACGAGACCUACUACGCAACGGUCAAGUAUCACGAAAACGACACCAUCGCAACCAACUUCGACUUGCACAUCAAUGCUACAAAGCAGGAUCUACCAUGCGCUUUUCUGGAAAGACACUCCACUCUGCCGAACCAGCGGGCAUUGAUGGUCUCACUCGUGCCCAAGUUCCACGUCGGAUAUCGCCCUGCGGAAAUCAUCUUCGUAAUCGACCGCAGUGAGAGCAUGAUGAACGAAAUUCCCGCCCUUCGAUGGGCAUUGGAAGCAUGCCUCAAGCUACUUCCACCGGGAGCCAACUUUAACAUUCUGUCCUUUGGGACACGCUUCAACUCGCUGUGGCAACGGAGCAAACUCUACAGUUGGACUACUCUCGAUCAAGCUCUUCGGCUCACGAGGGAUAUUGAGGCUGAUUAUGGCGGCACGGACAUCCUGCAGGCCCUCAAAAUAGCAGUUGGGAUAUCUUACAAGAAUACUCCUUGCGACAUCCUGCUUCUCACUGGUUCUCAGAUCCAGGAUCCGGGAGGCUGUAUCGAAUGGGUCAAUGAAACAAGGAAGACACAAUCUACGAGAUUCUUCACCCUUGCUAUCGGCAAUCGCGUAUCUCAAGCGCUCACUUCAGAGAUCUCUCGUGCCGGUGGUGGUUUUGCUCAGACUCUGCUCGAUCCAGAAAGAUGCGACCAAAAGAUCAUUCGUAUGAUGUCCGGCAUUUUAAUGGGACAUCUAUCCAAGACCACCUUGCAUAUCGACUCGGAGAAAAUAGAUGUGGAGGUUAGUAGCAUGAGUGAAGAUUUUGCAUGGAUUGAAGCACCCGAAUCGAUCCCGUCAGUCCAACAUACGCUUCCAGAACUUGUAGUUGCGAACACAUUGCGGGUGCCUACCAAUAUCCCGCCUCUUUUCCCGUACAUUCGAUCAACGUUCUACGUUUUGUUCUCCGAGGAAAUUGCCUCGAUCCCCAAAAAGAUCACUCUUCGCGCCAAUAGCACCUGUGGUCCUCUCGAGCUUGAGAUACCCGUUCAGGACGUUGGAGAGGGUGAAACCAUCCACCAGCUCGCCGCAAAAAAGGCAAUCUGCGAGCUCGAAGAAGGUGGCGGAUAUAUUUACUCGGCAAAGGAUCCAGACGGCAAUUUGAUCACAGUCAAGCAUGAGAGUAUGGCUGACGAGCUUGUCCAGAAAGAGUGUGAGAGACUCGGCGUUAGAUUCCAAAUCGCUGGGAAGCAUUGCUCGUUACUGGCUGUCUGCGACGCUGCUGAUGAAGAAGAUGUGGACUCUGACGGCAUUUCCAAGCUGUAUCUGGAAGACGAGGCUAUUCCGGUUGCCGACUAUGGUACUUCUACCAACUUUUAUCACCCUGCAAAGUCAUCCGCUCAGCAAUUUGCACCAGCAUCAACGCCCGCUGUUGGUGGCGGAAGCGGGGCAGAACAAGAUAUUCCUCAAUCUGGUUACGCUCCGGCCUCAAUGGCAACAUCACCUUCUCAAAAAACAGACCCCAACGACUCUCUGUCGCUGUCACCUGCGCUGUGGCGUUACAGAAUGCCACCGGAAGGGAAGGCAUAUGGGACCUUGCAAGAGAGCCCAUUCGGCUGCAUACCAGAAGGCAAUCUCUAG